UUCAACUUCCCCUACCAGGGUCCAGAUUUUGGCUACGUGACUCGGGAACCAUGAGACAACUCUGUGAGUGGCCUGGAUUCCUUUGGGAACCUGGAGGUCAGCCCCCCAGUGGUGGCCAAUGGGAAAGAAUACCCCCUGGGGAGGAUCCUCUUUGGUGGCAACCUGCCUGGGUCAAGGGGCCACAGGGUCACCCAGGUGGUUCGGGACUUCCUCCACGCACAGAAGGUGCGGCCUGUGGAGCUCUUUGUGGACUGGUUGGCCGUGGGCCAUGUGGAUGAGUUUCUGAGCUUUGUCCCUGCCCCCGGUGGGAAGGGCUUCCGGACGCUCCUGGCCAGCCCUAGCGCCUGCUUCAAGCUCUUCCAGGAAAAGCAGAAACAGGGCCAUGGCACGGCCCUCCUGUUCCAAGAGGUUAUUGGCAAUCAGCAGGUCAACGCAAUCUCCAUCGACCAGGUCCUCUCCAAUGAAAACCUCAUCAGCUACAAUAAGUUUGUCCAGAGCUGUGUCGACUGGAACCGGGAGGCGCUGAAGCGGGAGCUGGGCCUGACCAGUGGUGACAUCAUCGACAUCCCCCCACUCUUCAAGAUGGAGAGAAAGGCGGGGGCCUUCCUCCCUGACUUGGUGAACAUGCUGGUGCUGGGGAAGCACCUGGGCAUCCCCAAGCCCUUCGGGCCCGUCAUCAACGGCCGCUGCUGCCUGGGGGAGAAGGUGCGGUCCCUGCUGGAGCCGCUGGGCCUCCGGUGCACCUUCAUCGAUGACUUCACCCUAUACCAACUGCACGGGGAGGUGCACUGCGGCACCAUCGUGCGCCGGCAGCCCUCCUCCUUCAGGUGGGGGAACAUGGUGCCCUGA